AUGACUAAAUAUGCCAAAUGCAUCAAGAGCUCUUCAAAUGACACAAUUAAGGACCAAACCCACAGAAUGCAAGAAACUUUCCCCAAGAAACGGGCACUUUUCAAAAAGACCAGGAAAAGCUUGAUUCCUUCGGUGGCGUUGCCAAACGAGGAAGAAAUCUGCUCCACCAAGACAUGGCUGGGGAAAUGGAGCCUGAAAAAGCUGAAGUUAGAUUUGCCCACUGUCGUUUUUGGGCCCGGCAGCAUCCAUCGGAAGGAGAGGGUGGAAUCGUUGCACAAGAAAGUUUCGGCGAAAUAUUGCGACAUUUUCCCAAGUGUAGAAAUGCAAGGGAUGGUGAAGCAUCUGCAGAUUCAACCCAAAGAUUUGGACGACUACAUCGAGCAGAUGGAGAGAGUAUUGCGAUGCUACGUCCGAAGACUACAGUGGCUUCUCUCGGGCAGCCGCCGAUUCUUUGGGGUCAUCUUGGAAGCCAACAUUUGCAUUCUCAUCGACACGUCCGGUUCCAUGGGGCACUCCUUGAGUCUGCUGGCCAAAGAGCUCACCUCCCUGAUCUGGGACCAGCUGAGGAAGAAGGCCACCAAGUAAGGAAGCUGCAGGGAUAGUAGCUUACCUCAUUCCAGGGAUAACCAGUCUCGG